AAAGCAGGAAGCGGAAGCGCCGGAGCUGACGAGGACGGCUUCGCAAACAACAGCUGCGGGAUUUCUCUGCGGGUUUUCCCGCAGACGCGUUUCGACGGGCCGCUGCUCCCGCAGGACGGCUGGCCGCUGACAUGUAGACCCGGCUGGGCGGAUUUGGAGGCUCUUCCUUCCUCCGGGAUGAUGGCGUCGGCGCGGCUCUCCGGUUGUUCCGCCUGAGCGCCUCUCUCUCUGCCCCCUCUCGCCUCUCUCCUGCCUCCCUCCGCGGCUUCGCCCUCCGGCCGGGGGUCGGUCUCUCAGCUCGGGGAAUGGCGACACAUGGCGCCGGAGCGUUCCCCGACCCGUCUCAGGCUCCUGGGGAGCGAGCCGAGCUGGUGCACUCGUCGUCUAAAGACACCGCCGGGUCUCCCGACGUCUCCGAGUUGGGGAGCCCUCGCUGCACGCCGAACUUUGACCUCCUUAACAUGGUCGUGUCCUAUAAAAGAAUGGCAUUGUUUCUAGAACCAGUUUCUGAUGCGGUGGAGCUGGCGCGCCUCCUGCUCGGAUGGAGGAUGCCUCUCUGCUCUCUGCUUGUCUGCAUAUUCCUCAAUGUCUUCUUCUGCACCAUCAAUGAAGUGGGGUGGUUCACCGUGACGCUGGUGGCAUUAGCAGUGCCUGCUGCCCUGGGUUACCUGCAGGACAGGUGUGGGGGCAGAGCCUCCGAGUCUGAGCUCCAGAGGAGGCACCAUCACGCCGUGCACCGCCGGGAUCUGCAGACGGUGCACCUCACCAAACAGGAGGCCAUGUUGGAAGUCAAAGACCUGCUGAAGCACUUGGAUGACAUGCUGUCCUCUGCCUGUCAGUCAGCAGAAGCUGUAUAUAAAGUCCUGUACUGGGACAACCACACCAAGUCAUCAAGGUUCUAUGGUGGCAUUAUAAUGGUGGUGUGCCUGCUCUAUUUUGCUCCUGUGGGUUGGGUGCUGGCCGGACUCAACAGCGCCAUCUUCCUGUGGAACCGAGACUUCUGCAGAGUUUUACUGGACAUCAGAAAGCUGUUCCACAUAGGCCCCGUCCAGGCCUCGGAGGGCGUGUGUGAGGAGCAGGAACUCGGCGGUGUGUUGGACCGGACCCCUACGCCAACAAGCCUGGAGGACCUUUCCCCUGGCAGUGUGGAGGAAGCUGAGGAGGCGGAGCCUGAUGAUGAAUUCAAGGAUGCCAUUGAGGAACAUUCAGUUUCCCUCCAGGAAACCCCCUUGGUCUUAGUGGAGGACGAUGAAGGGCCUCUCGUCCCGCCCGAGUUUGACACCAUCUCCGAAAACGGCCUUUUGAGCCGCAACGAACCGAUACGCAGCAAAGUGUCCAAACUGACGGAGAAGCUGCGUAAACGCUACCCCACCACCAGCACAGGAAAUUGCUCAAGCUGCACUGCUGUCUUCUCUGUUUUGAAGAAAAGGAGGAACUGCAGUAACUGUGGCAACAGCUUCUGCUCUCGAUGCUGUUCCUUCAAGGUGCCCAGAUCUUGCAUGGGAGCAACAGCUCCAGAGGCGCAGAGAGAGACCGUCUUUGUUUGCGCUGCCUGCAAUUCUGCUCUCAUCAAGUUACAAUGAGGCGGCGCGUACACAACCAGCAGGAGACGGUUCGUCGUUAUCACCGAACCCCAACCAACAUGCCAGGCUCUUAGAUCUAUCCAAACACCUCCCAUGUGCAAUUCCAGAGCCCCUCUGCCUUUCCUGCCCAGCCUCUUCUAAUGUUGAUGGGAUUCUUUCUGUAAUGUGUUUGGUGUUUUUGGUUUCACUUGUUCAAAAGGACUGGACCUUAUUAAUCAAUGAGAUUUUGUACAGAGCACAAUGACUCUAUGAUCACAGGACCGACUUCCUUCCCUCUCAGUGUCGGAGGCUCGGACGGAGUCUGUGGUGUAGGGAGACACAAAAAGGCUUCAUGGAUGUUGAUGGUUUUUAAUGAUUCUUCUUGGUUUUUUUUUCUUUUUC